AUGGGCCUAUCAGCUCUAAGCCUUAGGAUAAUACCAGUUUUGAUAUUCUCUCUGUUGCUUCUGGCCAUCCCAACUGUUCAAGAUAAUGCUGGUCCCAAAGGAGGAUCAACCGAUGAGCCCCCAGAGGCCGAGCCCCCAGAGAUAAUCCUCCCAAAAAUCGGUACUUAUGAACAAUAUUCGUAUCUUUGCGUUAUUGUUCUUGGACAAAACUACCGACAGGAGAAUGCAUAUCCAGCUAGAUACUCCGACCCCAGCAUUAACCUUGGAAAUCUUCGCAAAGAACUCACGAGCAUAGCACUGCCGCCCCAGCGUCACAGUAUUUACAAUGUUCGCAGCCGGCACCUUCCGGGCACCGGUCGUGGAACCUGGGUUCUUUUGAUCGAUGUUAUACCUAGAUAUGCAAUAUAUCUAGAGUAUUUAGAAAUUAUUGAAAAGUAUAGCGCAAUUAUAUACCAUCACAAAUGCACUCCUGGGGUAACCGAUAAGGCUCUAGGACCCGUCAGAGUCAUGGAAAGAGAGCAAGACCAGCCUCCCGCGGAUGAUGUGGCAUCGGAUUAUGAUCAAGAAGAGUACCGUACCCGGGCAAAAUCAAGACUCAAAUCUAGAUCUAUCAAUCGGGGUUUUGGUACAAGGUCUGCAUCUUCAAAUACUUCGGUUGGGGGGUAUCUAAAACCUAGAGAUCUAUACUUUGAUGGGUCAGUCUUAGUUCUAGAUCCUGCUCCUCAAGAGCUAGUCAUGAUAGCACAACCCAGCGGUGUUCAGUUUUCAAAAAUGAGGGGACAAUACUAUACAUAUCAUAACCCAGGAAAGGGUGUCCUAACUUACGUUCUAGAUUCGGGCUGCGACUUAAACUCUCGUUAUUUCUCGCACAUAGAUGCAUCUUCUGUUGACUGGUUAUUCAGCGGGCCCUUUCCAAGCGACGAGAGGUCAGACGACGAUGGGCCCUCAAACCCUAAGGCUUAUGGACACUUCGAGGGUGGUAAUACAUUUCACCCCGGAUACCAUGGCACCAUGGUUGCAGCCUCUAUUGUUGGAAAAAAUAAGGGAACUGCACCAAGCGCUUCUUUGGUACCUGUAAAAGUACAGAAUGGUCGUAACACAACACCCGCAUUCGCCGAAAUCGAUGCAUUGCUUAAAGUAUACGAUCAUAUGUACGAACAAUAUCUAAAGAAAAAGGACUCUUGGCCAGGUUUUGUGAUCAAUUAUAGUUAUGCUAUUUACUCACUCAGUGACGGGAGGGAGGAGCUUUACAAGGAAAUACUCCAAGCCUUGGAAGCGCCAGAGUUGAAAGGUUAUUUUGUCGUCCCGGCAGGGAACGGGGAACCGGACAAUCCUAUCGUACACUAUCCCGCCAUAUUGAAGGCCAAUCCUACCGCCCAGCUCCCACUCACGCAUUUGGUAGUCGUAGGAGGUAUCGACACUACAACUGGAUUGAACAGCUAUCAAACGGCAGAUUAUGUAAAGCUAUUUGCACCUGGCACAGGCUUGAGGUACAUGACUCCAGCGAGGGGUCUUGCAAUUAUGGGUGGUACUUCUUUUGCUGUUCCUCUAGCCGCUGGCCUUCUAGCAACCCUCCUUAGUCGGGGAGUCAAAAACCCAGUUCAGCAAAUGGAGGAAUGGUCAUACCCACGACACCAAAAGGGCCCAAACGUCAUUUGGAAUGGGAUUACUAAAGACAUGUGGCCAACUGACGAAGGAGCGGAAGAGUCUCAGCGGAAACAUCGAGGGAUUCGCGAUGAAAGCGAUUAG